AUAGCUAUUGAUAUUCUCUGCUACUUAAUGUUCUCUUCUUUUUGCUGUGAUUGUAAAUAAUCUAGAAGUAAUUUAGGACGUGGAUUUUAACCAUCUUGUCAUUUAACAUUUCGUGUCUCAAACCAUUUCUAUGGCAAACAAAUUUGAGUUGAAGUUUAUCUUUGUUCACCUUUUACACAAAUAAUGCCUAUAGUAGCAGUGACUGCGAUGGAUUCGUGCCGCUCCUGCCUACAGUAUCCCCCGGACAAGGACCUGACUACGCCGUACACACAUCUGGACAAAACAGAGAUAUUUUAUGACAUGUUCAAAGAAUGCUUCAAUAUAGAACUGGUAUUGGAUGGUUCAAGCUCGUGCGGUAUCUGUUGGGCGUGCGUGGGCCGCCUGCGCGACGCGAGCGAUUUCAAGCUGCAAGUACAGCGCAGCCAGGCGGAGCUACGGGCCGCAUUGCUUAAUAAAGCAGAGACUGCAGUCAAGACCAAACAAGCUGAUGAAGGUUCACAUGACGACUCUGUGUGUGUGGAAACUGUCGAGGAUUCAGAUUCUUCAGAGGCGAGUGAAGAAGAGGAAACCACUGAAAUCAUGGAUGGUGAUCCUUUGGCCACUUCUGAGUCGGAUGACGAGAUUAGUAACGGCUCAGCGGCAGAGUCCGCCGCCGCCGCCGCCUCUGCGCUCGCGGCCGCCAUCGCGUCCGCCCCCGCUCAACGCGCAAGCGCGCGCCUCCAAGUCGACCCAUACGCCUGUGAACACUGCAGCACCACCUUCACCAAUAAGGACCUUCUAACUGCACACAUACAACAAACACACGAACAGCUUUUAGAUAGUGGUUCUGUUAAAACGUUUUUUAAGUGCAGUGACUGCAGUUACAUGUGCAUGGAUAAAUCGAAAUUGGGCCUUCACCAGGCGAAACACACGGUUGAGAAUAAUCUGACGAGGAUACACGCAGAUGAAAAACCGUUGGCAUGUACCCAAUGUGACUACAAGUGCAAAUGGAAAAAGAAUUGCGCAGUCACCAAAUGACACAUACCCGUGAAAAGUCUUAUAAGUGUAGCAGGUGUAACUUAAAGUUCCGCUCGGAAGAACGAUUACGCUUUCACGAGGCGAAACACACUGGUGAAAAACCUUACGCUUGUAACCACUGCGAUUUCAAGUGCAGGCGGAUGUCAUACUUGCGCGCUCACCAGGAUAAACACAUGAAUGAGAAACCGUUCGCAUGUAACCACUGCGGCUAUAAGUUCAAAUGGAAACAGUCCUUGCUCGUGCACGAGAUGAGACACAACAGUGACAAAUGCAGCAGCGGUGACAGCGGGGGGCUCUCGGAAGAACGAUUACGCGUUCACGAGGCAAAUCACAGCGGGGGAAAACGUUAUGUAUGUCACAAUUGUGGGUACACGACGAUGAUAAAAUCACGUUUAAUAGCGCAUAUGGCGAUGCACACGAAUGAAAAGCCUUACGCAUGUAACAACUGUGACUUCAAGAGUAACUGGAAAUGGGCCUUGAGGCUUCAUUUAAAAACUCACACGCUACUAUACCCCUUCAAAUGCAGUUUGUGCAACUCCCAGUUCAGAAAGGAAAGCCUGUUAGAUAAGCACAUAUUGAAUCACCGUUUGCCUUUCAAGUGUGCCCACUGCCAUUUUGCUACUCUACAUAGAACUUCCUUAUUAAGACAUCUAAGACUGAAACAUGGCUUCCAUUAGUCAUCAUCAUCCUCCUUGCGUUAUCCCGGCAUUUGCCACGGCUCAUGGGAGCCUGGGGUCCGCUUUGACAAGUAAUCCCAAGAGUUGGCGUGUAAGCACUAGUUUUACGAAAGCGA